UGAAUCAUUUUGCGGAUCAUGAAAUACAAGUGUGAAUUCCUUCUGUGAGCAUGUGUUCUGAGCCCAUACAAUUACGUCACUUCCGCCGAUCUAGCACUAACCCCACAACGGACCUAACGAACCAUCAUUCAAAAUCUGAAACCAUGGGGGCCGACAGGUGAGGCGGUGAAUGGCAGCCAGAUGCCGGUCUGCUCCGAGAACCGUCUGCGUUGGGACCUGAGCACCAAGCAGAUCCAGCAGCUCACCGACAAACUCAUUGCCAACACCAAGGAGGUGUACGAUGGCGUGGGAGCGCUGGACAUCGACAGCGUCACCGUCGAGAACACGCUCAAGGCCCUCGCUGACGUGGAGGUGGAGUACACCGUCCAGAGGAACAUGUUGGACUUCCCACAGCACGUCUCUUCCUGUAAGGAGGUCCGAACAGCGAGCACCGAGGCCGACAAGCGUCUGUCUGAGUUCGACGUGGAGAUGAGCAUGAGGGAGGGCGUGUACCUGAGGAUUGUUGCUCUGGAGAAAAAGGUGGAUGCCAGCAGCCUCACUGCAGAGUCCAAGCGUUACAUGGAGCGUCUGGUCAAACUGGGGAGAAGGAACGGUCUCCACCUGCCCAAAGAGAAACAAGAGGAGAUCAAGACCAUCAAAAAGAAGCUGAGCAACCUGUGCAUCGAUUUCAACAAGAACCUGAACGAGGACACUACCAGUCUGCCCUUCACCAGAGAGGAGCUGGGCGGCCUCCCAGAGGACUUCCUCAGCUCUCUGGAGAAGGAUGGAGAGAAGCUGAAGGUCACCCUCAAGUAUCCUCAUUACUUCCCCACCAUGAAGAAAUGCUACAUCCCAGAAACCCGCAAGAAGCUGGAGGAGGCCUUUAACUCCCGCUGCAAAGAGGAGAAUUCGGCCAUCCUGAAGGAGCUGGUGGAGCUCCGGGCUCAGAAAAGCUCCGUGCUCGGCUUCACCACGCACGCUGACUUUGUCCUGGAGAUGAACAUGGUCAAAACUGGGAGGAAGGUGGCCGGCUUCCUGGAGGAGCUGGCUCGUAAGCUGAAGCCUCUGGGUGUUGAGGAGCGAGCAGUCAUCCUCAAACUGAAGGAGAAGGAGUGUCAGAAGAGAGGUCUGCCUUUCACAGGAGAGCUGCACGCCUGGGACACGCGCUACUUCAUGACCCAGGUGGAGGAGACUCAGUAUGCAGUGGAUCAGAACCUGCUGAAGGAGUACUUCCCCAUGGAGGUGGUGACUCAGGGUCUGCUGGACAUCUACCAGGAGCUGCUGGGUCUGACCUUCGAGCUGGUGGGGGGGGCGGCUGUUUGGCACCCGGAUGUCACUCUGUACUGUGUGAAGGACCAGAGCAGCGGGCAGGUGGUGGGGCAGUUCUACUUGGACCUCCACCCCAGGGAGGGGAAGUAUGGUCACGCUGCAUGCUUCGGCCUGCAGCCCGGCUGCCUGCUGCCUGACGGCAGGCGGCAGAUGUCGGUGGCGGCUAUGGUGGCCAACUUCAGCAAGCCGACGGCUGACGCCCCGUCUCUCCUGCAGCACGACGAGGUGGAGACGUAUUUCCACGAGUUCGGACACGUCAUGCACCAACUCUGCGCUGAGGCGGACUACGCCAUGUUCAGCGGGACUCACGUGGAGCGGGACUUCGUGGAGGCUCCAUCUCAGAUGUUGGAGAACUGGGUGUGGGAGAGGGAGCCUCUGCAGAGGAUGUCCAAGCACUACAAGACCAACAGCGCCAUCCCAGAGGAGCUGCUGGACAAACUCAUCAAGUCCCGCCUUGCCAACACCGGGCUGUUCAACCUGAGGCAGAUCGUCCUGGCUAAAGUGGAUCAGGCUCUGCACACCAGGAACGGACUGGAUGCUGCAGAGGAAUACGCACGCCUCUCUCAGGACAUCCUGGGAAUCCCUGCUUCACCAGGAACCAACAUGCCGGCGACCUUCGGGCACCUGGCCGGCGGCUACGAUGCUCAGUACUACGGUUACCUGUGGAGCGAAGUGUUCUCCAUGGACAUGUUCUUCGCUCGCUUCAAACUAGAGGGAAUCAUGAACCCGAAGGUUGGUAUGGACUACAGGAAGUACAUCCUGCGGCCUGGCGGCUCAGAGGAUGCCUCCGAGAUGUUGAGGAAGUUCCUCGGGCGGGAACCGAAACAGGAAGCGUUCCUGCUGAGUAAAGGACUGACCGUGGAGCUGGACGCCAGCACGCCGUGUCCCUGCUGACCAAUCACAGCAGACCGCUCCACACACAGUUCACAGAGAACAACGGACUGAUGUUUUCUAAAAGAAAAAUAGUGACAAAAUGUUUCACGACAUGUACACAAAUUUGCAUCAAUAAAAGGAUUUGAGGAUA